AAUGGGUUCCUCGGCUAGAUAGGAACUAGCGUCUAUCAGAUAAUUAUGUGGCCGUUGUUUGUAUUAAAUGUUGUGAUCGAUCUAAAUGCUGAUGCCGACACGGUGUACUUCCGUGUUUCUGUUUGAUCCGAAAUCCGAUUGGUCUAUGUGUGCUAGUGUUGGAAUGGAGCGCAUAUGUUCGCAGACAGACCUAUCCUGGUGAAGAGGUUUUAUUCACUUUGAUCUAUUUGUGACCAGGGAAUCACUUACGUAGUCCUGGUCUGUGUGUGAUGCUGAGAAACGGGCGUUAAGAGUCACUUAUUAACGAUUGUGAAAAUGAAGAGACUCUUCUCCCUAUGACGAUGAACUGUACAUGAGACCCCUCUCUCUGUGUUACUCUGAAGAUCACGUACAAUAAACGCCACUGCAUUUGCCGCUAAACGAUAGACAUUAUACAACAUCUGACAAACUCAGUUUCGCUGAACAAGAUACUGUCUAGUAGGACCAUGGACCAAACCUCAGACCUUACUGAUGCACGCGGAGAUGAAGAUAUCGCUGAUAUAGUGAAAGUUGAGAUAACUGAAGAUCUUUGUGUGAGUCGUCAGCUAGAAGCAAUAGAUGAGGAAACCAGUGACAGUAUCUGCUCAGAUGAAGAUAAAGCUGAUAUAGUAAAAGUUGAGAUAACAGAAGAUCUGUGUGUGAGGCGUCAGCUGGGAGCCCCGGAUGAGGAAACCAAUAACAGUAUCAGCCCAGGCCGUAAGGAUGUGACACCUUCAGAUGGCUCAGCAGUUAAGCACAGAAGAGAACCAUAUGUGUGUGAUCAGGUGAAGACCGAGGAGGAUGAAGUUCCAAUAAAUGUGACUAAAGAAGACCCACCGAGCUGGGAUAUUCCUAAUCAAGGGCAGAGUGCAGAUUGUUCCUUCACCCUCUUUCAAGAUCACAGAAACAAUAUUGGAAAUAAGACGUUAUCAUCUCCGGAAUCUAGUCUUAUUGAGCCCCAGAAAACUAAUACAGGAGAGAAAGCCUUUUCAUGUUCUGAAUGUGGAAAAUGUUUUUCCUGGAAAUCAAAUCUUACUACUCACCAGAAAAUCCACACAGGAGAGAAAGCAUUUUCAUGUUCUGACUGUGGAAAAUGUUUUACGCUGAAAACGAGUCUUGUUCGACAUCAGAAAAUUCAUACAGGAGAGAAAGCAUUUUCAUGCUCUGAAUGUGGGAAAUGUUUUAUCCAGAAAACAAGUCUUGUUCGACAUCAGAAAAUUCAUAUAGAAGAGAAAGCUUUGAUAUGUUCUGAAUGUGGAAAAUGUUUUAAUCAUAUAUCUAGUUAUAUCAAACAUCAGAAAAUUCAUACAGGAGAAAAAGCAUUUUCGUGUAUUAUAUGUGGGAAAUGUUUUACCCAAAAAUCAGGUUUUAUUAAACAUCAAAAGAUUCAUACAGGAGAGAAAGCAUAUUCAUGUUUUAUAUGUGGGAAAUGUUUUACCCAGAAAUCCAAUCUUAUUAGUCACCAGAAGAUUCAUAUAGGAGAGAAACCAUUUUCAUGUUCUGAAUGUGGGAAAUGUUUUACCAAGAAAUCUAAUCUUGUUAUCCAUCAGAAACUUCACACAAGAGAGAAAGAAUUUUCUUGUUCUGAGUGUGGAAAAUGCUUUACGUGGAAAUCUAGUCUUAUUAGUCAUGCUAAAAUUCAUACAGGAGAGAAAUCAUUUUCAUGUUUUGAAUGCGGGAAAUGUUUUACCUGGAAAUCGAGUCUUAUUAGUCACCAGAAAAUUCAUACAGGACAAAAAUUUUUUUCAUGUUCUUAAUAUCAAAACAUUUUACCCAGAAAUCAAAUGUGAUUGUUCAUUAGAGACAUUCAUCUGGUGAUAUUUUACCUGUGCCACCAAAUAACAUAUUAUAUAAUUUACGUGAUGCCAAUGCAUCAUGCAAACCCAUAAGCAAAUACAGGUAUACCUCACUUUACAGCGCUUCGCUAAUACAGCACUUUGUGGAGCUGAAGUUCAACCUCCAAGGAUUUUGAAACAGUGCUGUAAUCAUCGUGAGAUUGCGAGAAAAGUGACUGGCACCAUUUUGUUAUGCACAGUUCACUCUGUUUACAGCAUUACAGUGCAAUCUGUGUCUUAGUGCUAUAGUUUGGCAAAUUGUACUACAGUAAUUGUCACUAUUUUACAGGUACAGUAUUUAUUGAAUACUAAUUGAAUACUGUGCUGUGCUAGUGUUAAACUAAAUGUAGCCCUAUUGCACCCCUAAUAUAUGUUAGUUUAAACAUGUUUUCAAGUCUUUAAACACACUGGCAAGUGACAAGAAAGCUAAAACUGCCUUGUUUCACUUUAAGGAGGUUUUCACUUUACAGCAGGGCUCCGGUCCUUAACCCGCUGUAUGAGCGGGGUAUACCUGUAUAUACUUUUAUUACCGGGUCUAUAGCAUUAUUAUCAAGAGAUAAGACCAGGUUUACAGGAAUUAUCAGAAAUAUUUCUGACUAAAAGAUCAACCUAAAUUGAUUAGCUUACUUUAUUAAAAUAAAGAACAUCACAUAAAUUCAAGAGAAUAAUUUAUAUUUGCUGUAAUAAGUGGUUAGGUACAUACUUAUCAAUAAUAUAGCAUCCUUCCAUGGUAAUCAGUAAGAAUAGACCAUUAAAUGUCACCCCUUGCCCCAGUUUCUCCCUUAUUCUGGCAUCUUUGUUCCUUCAGGUUGGACCCCUAUCUCAUCCAGACACACUGUGAUGUUCAUGUAUGUGGUGUAGUAUAGAGUCAGUAGCCUGAUUUCUAUAAAUUCCUUUUGCCUGUGCUGUAACUCUUAUUGUAGUCCUUGUGUUGGUGAGUAUGUGCUUAUAUAGAACUAUCUCUCACUGCUAAUUAAAGGUUCACAUUAAUGAUUUGUUAACAUCAUUGUAUUUAAUUAAAAUUUCUGCUAAUUAUUUUUUAAAAUUUCAAA